CCGAUCCUAACAGUCGCGGGCGGCGCGCCGGAGCCGGAGGCGGUGCUAGGGACGCCGCCUAUAUAGCCCGGUGCCGGGGCGGCAAAGAGGCCGCUCUCUGAGUCCUUGCCUGCUCCUGCCUGCCGGGAGGUGGGAAGCGACGCGCCCGAGUUCCCCGCCCCGCCCCCGGCCCAGCUGAGCGGGGGGGUUUCGGUUGCAGCAUCAGCUGCUGACCCGGAGGAAAUGCAGCGCAGCAACAAGAGCGAUGAGAAGGAGCAAGCUGGGCCUUGGGAUGCCCUGGCAGUUGCAGCUGAGCCACAUGCCCAUCAAAACCCCCGCCAGAGGGCUGUUCUGGGAGAGCUGUUUGACAACGGGCAAUGCCUGAGACCCCGCGUCCUGGGAACUUCCAUAACGAGACACCCUUCUGGAUCUGAAAAUGCCUUUCCUCCAACUGGCAAGAAUACUUUGCCAAGCUGCGUGUCAUCCAAGCAAAACUUUGCUAUUUACAUAGAUGGUGUGGAAGAAAGAAACAUCUACAGUUACAUGCCUGUAGAAGAGGUGGAGCCCAGCAUGUGUGAUGUUGACACCAGUGUAGUAAAUCCUAGUCUUCAUCUGCUGCUCAAUUUCAGUACAGGGUCUCCAAUGUUGGUAGAUAAGUCUCUACAGUGGCAAAAUGAAGAUAAUAAAGUAGAUGUCAUGAAUGUUGUAGAGUAUGCAGAAGAUAUACAUCUCUACUUAAGAGAUGCUGAAGUAAAAUACAGGCCCAAGCCGUGUUACAUGAGAAAGCAGCCUGACAUAACCUCAGGGAUGCGUGCCAUCCUAGUGGACUGGCUGGCUGAAGUUGGCGAAGAAUACAAGCUUCAGAAUGAGACGCUGUACCUUGCUGUGAACUACUUAGACCGGUUCCUUUCUUGCAUGUCUGUCCUCAGAGGAAAACUGCAACUUGUAGGAACAGCAGCAAUUCUUCUGGCUUCGAAAUAUGAAGAAAUCUAUCCACCAGAAGUAGAAGAAUUUGUGUAUGUAACAGAUGACACCUAUACCAAGAAACAACUGUUGCGAAUGGAACACCUCCUUCUCAAAGUACUCUCUUUUGACUUGACAGUGCCAACCAUCAACCAGUUUCUCCUGCAGUAUUUACAGAGGCAGGGUGUCAGUCUUAAGACAGAGCAUUUUGCAAGGUAUGUGGCCGAGCUGAGUCUCCUUGAAGCGGAUCCAUUCCUGAAGUACCUGCCCUCACAAACGGCAGCAGCUGCUUAUUGUCUGGCAAACUACACUGUGAACAGGCAUUUCUGGCCAGAAACCCUUGCUACUUUCACUGGAUAUUCCUUAAGUGAGAUAGUGCCUUGUCUCAGUGACUUGCACAAAGCAUGCCUCGAUGCCCCUCAUCGACAGCAACAAGCAAUAAGGGAAAAAUAUAAGCUGACUAAGUAUAUGCAGGUAUCUCUUCUGGAACCUCCAUCCAUUCUACCCCUACAAUGAACUGCACCAUGUCAGUAAACUCCAUAGAAACAAAAGCACUAGACGCCCGAUCAAUAGAGUUGAUCUAGCCAAUUAUUAUUAAUUUUUUAAUAGGGCACUGCAGGCCAUGUGUCAAAUCUGCUGUUUAAAUACUUCAUGAUGACUUUCUUGGUGUAUAGUUAUAUUGUAUUGCAAGGACUCAGGACUGUAGUUUUAGCAUAAACUAGAAGCAUUUUUAAUAAACAUCUUUUACAUUAAAAAACAGAAGUCUGUUGAUAGUUCUGUAUACCUAAUGUUAAAAUUAAUGCUAAAAUAUGGUAGUAGGGGAGCAAAUCUGGUACCAGUGUAAAUUCUCUACUUGUAUUUGAAGUCAAACAGCUUCAUUUAGGGUUAUCCAAAUUCUGAUUUGUGUUAGGGCUGUUAAAGCCUGGAAAUAACACACAAAAGUGAGAAAAGUGGUGGCUAUAGAACCCUUUUGUCUGUCAGUACAAUAGACGCAAUCUAGAGUGGAAUAGAUAAUGACCAAGGCUUUGGCCUGCAUGUCAUCCCCAGGAUCUAGAUGUGCCCCCCCCACAAGAACCCCCACAUAGUCCCCCAAAAAUGUGGCUGAAAAAUCCUUUUAUACUUUGGAGAAGACAGGUUUGCUAUGCUUUGAUGCCAAAACAUGACAAAGUCCUAUUCCCACAAAAGUGUUAGUUUGUUUUUUAAAUUCAAAGUGUAUUGUAUAAUUUGAGAGUGUGUGCUAGAGGUUGCGUGCUGCCUAACCUUAUAAAUAAGAAUGCAGGUUUGUGGUCCAUGUCGGAUAUUAUCCUAAUCUAUCAUUUGGUUUUAGUGCAUCUAGGGUUAAGAGGUAUCUGUCACUGUGAAACCUGUUUGCAAAUCAGAGCCAUCUUUUGGAAAACUUAAGUACUGCAAGUAUGGCAUGGGGAAAAUGAG